GCUAGAGCCCGGGAGCGCCCACCGCCGUCAGCCGUGUCUCUCUGGAGUCGGCCCGGCGGACGCGGGGAGCCCCGGCGCGCCGCUGCCUGCCCCGCCGCGCCCGCGCCCGCGCCCGCGCCCGCGCCGGCCGCCGGCGAUGUGAGCUCGCGGAGGCCGCGGUGCCCCCUGGCCCGGGGUUGCGACGGGCGGCAGGUGCCUGUGAGGCGGCGGGCGCUGGGGGCCGGCCUGCAGGAUGGAGGAAAGCAUGGAAGAGGAGGAGUGGGGCAGCUACGUGGCGAUGAUGGACGACCAGAACCACAACAACUGGGAGGCCGCGGUGGACGGCUUCCGGCAGCCCCCGCCGCCCCCGCCGCCCCCCUCGUCCAUCUCGGCCCCCGCGCGAGAGCCGCCGGGGGGGCCGCUGCUGGCGGUGCCCGCGGCCUCGGUGGACAGGAAAGGCCCCAAGGAGGGGCUCUCGAUGGGGCCGCCGCCCCCGCCCGAGGCCAACGGGGUGAUCAUGAUGUUGAAGAGCUGCGACUCGGCCGCCGCCGUGGCCAAGGCGGCCCCCGCCCCCACCCCCAGCUCCACCAUCAACAUCAACACCUCCACCUCCAAGUUCUUAAUGAAUGUUAUAACUAUUGAAGAUUAUAAGAGCACAUACUGGCCAAAAUUGGAUGGUGCCAUAGAUCAGCUUUUAACUCAGAGUCCUGGUGACUAUAUCCCCAUAUCCUAUGAACAGAUAUACAGUUGUGUGUAUAAAUGUGUCUGCCAGCAGCACUCAGAACAGAUGUACAGUGAUCUGAUUAAAAAGAUAACUAAUCACCUAGAGCGAGUCUCCAAGGAGCUGCAGGCCAGCCCUCCAGAUCUCUAUAUUGAAAGAUUUAAUAUAGCUCUUGGACAGUAUAUGGGAGCAUUGCAGAGCAUUGUGCCUCUUUUCAUAUAUAUGAAUAAGUUUUACAUCGAAACCAAGCUUAACAGAGACCUAAAAGAUGAUCUUAUAAAGCUGUUUACGGAACAUGUUGCAGAAAAGCACAUUUACAGCCUAAUGCCUUUACUUUUAGAAGCCCAGUCAACACCAUUUCAGGUCACACCUUCAACUAUGGCAAAUAUUGUGAAAGGCCUGUACACUCUCAGACCAGAGUGGGUUCAGAUGGCUCCAACUCUGUUUUCUAAAUUUAUUCCAAACAUUCUCCCUCCGGCGGUGGAAUCUGAACUUUCUGAAUAUGCUGCUGAAGAUCAGAAACUUCAAAGAGAACUUAUACAGAAUGGUUUUACGAGAGGUGACCAGUCCCGGAAAAGAGCUGGGGAUGAGUUGGCUUAUAACAGCUCAUCAGCAUGUGCAAGUUCCAGAGGGUACAGAUAGUGAAUGUAUUGAAUGUACUUUCUUCUUGAAAAGAGGACACACUGGAGCUGCAGAGACUGUAUUCAGAGCACAGUGGGGGGCCUGCAGACACUCAGGAGUCUGAUACGAAGUUGUUCUUGGAAGAGGAUGUUGGACUUCUUACUUUGGUUUGUAAUUUUAAAAAACAAAAAACUAACAAAAACAAACAGUUGCUGCUAGACUUGGGGAUGAUUUUGAAAUGGGACAAUCUUUUAAUGAGUUCAUCUACAGAUUCUGUGAGGAACAAGCAUCUUGAAAAGUGACCAUUGCUAAGGGAAAUCCAGCAGCCAACAUCAGCAGCUUCCUCCAAAAUUAUAAGAGCAGAAGAAUUUUUUUUUUUAAGCACUUGUUUUGUUCAUUUGUGGACUUGGCACUUCAGCAUAUUGGCUCUACACAUCAGGAUCUCUUUUGCUUUAAAAUCAAACAUCAUUACGAUACAGUGUUUUUCACCCAUUACCAAAACAACCCCCUUUUUAAAGAGUUGGUCUUUGUUUAGCAUUAGAAAGUCUUGUUAAAGGAAAAUGCUAACUCUCCUUCUGCUACAACUUCCCCUCACCAGUUCACAACUUUUUUCUACUCUGUGCCUUGAGCUUUGUGCACUUUGCAACUCUGUGACCAUGUUGUUCAACCCACACAUGCUUCCUGAAAAAGUUUAUGGUAUCACAGACUAACCCCCACUAAGUGUUCAGGUUGACUUUGUAGCAGGACGCUAAGUGGGGAGAUAGAAGCAUGUUGCUCAUUGGUCAGACUUCCCUCUCCCUCCCCAUGGCAUAUUCGUGUUAAUGUUGGGGACCAACUCUUGUAGAACAUAUCCAUUCCCUCUGUCACUUCACAUGAUUUCACCAACUGCUGUAGUAUUGGCAUUAUGCUAUUGUAGGGGUGGGCUGUAUUUUAGCACUAAAGCUCCCUUUUUAGUAUUGUGGAGAAAUUACCAGUGGUGACAGCUAGUUACUGUGAUGCUGUAGGAAGCAGAUAUGGUUGUUAAAUCCAAAUAUAAUAAUUGGUGUCAGAUUCCUGAUCCAUUUCAUUUUAAAUGGGUGAGAUAGGUACUUUAAAAAAAGUCUGCAGUCUGCAUAUUUUUUAGCAUUAUUUUCAAGUAUAAUAGAGAAGUAGCACUGCUGUUUCAAGCUUCCUUCCAGCUGUGACACAGCUAUGUAUUUUUUUUUUCUACACCCACAGUUCUGUUUAGUUUCUUUUAGUUUCUUUUAAAGCUUAUUCUAGUUGUUUUUGGAAGGCAAAGAGAAAUAGAUGUGGCAGGUGAAAAUAUUUUUCUUCUCAAUUUUGUUUGAAUCUAAAUUGAGCAUAUGCUUGACUUGAUUUGGUGAUGUCACACUAUAUUUACCUCUUCAGAGAACUUAGGGGCAAAACAAGAUCUAUCAGGGACACUGUCACACUUCUGAUUGUCAGGUGUUUCAUAAAGUUGGCCUCUGCCAAUUCAGUUUGUCUUUUUUUUGGGAACAGGCUGGUUGGGAGAAUUUGAAGUGUGAUGAUAGGAGCAAGUAAGUCAUCUGAUAGAAGUCUCUGUAAAAUUAUCGUUCAGAGAAGUAAACAUAUAAAGGUUGUCAGAUUUAUUUUUUAAGUACUUAUCAACCAGAGUUGGUGGAUUUUGCGGAGGACUUUGAAUUAACUCUAUGAGCAUCUUAGAUUGUAUCAAUAAACACUGAAUUACUGUAAGAAUAUAUACAGGCUCUCACUGUGCCCUGUACAGGUUGAUUUGCUACCCCAGCGACAUUCUGGGGUUAAGGAAGAAUUCCAUUCUAUCAUGAAGUCCAAAUUUUACUUUUUGCCAUGGAAUGCUUGCUGUGGGCUUAUAUAUAACACCUGUGACUAAUGUCUCUACUGAGUGGUUUUAAUAAUAAUUCUGAAAGGAAUAAAAUUGGGAUGUUUCUUUAAAUGUGGAUGAAUUCUUCAUUAUCCUAAUAAUGUGCCCAAAUGCCUUUUUUCUGGGAGAGUAUUCUUUGGCCAACAAUGGAACUUUUUCUAUAAAAGCACUGUAUUAUGUUGUGAAUUGGCAUUAAAAUCUUCAUAUGCUUUUGCAUUAUUAAGUUAAUGGAGAAAUAUUUCAUACUGUCUUUUUAUUAUUAUGUGUGUGUUAACAAGUGAGCAAAGUUUGCAGAAUUUAGCUUCUCUAAAUAUUUGCACAGUGACUACAGCUCCCUCUGGGCCAGGGCUUGGCACUGCAGAGCCGUGAAUGGAAGGCACUAUAGAAAGAAUACACACAUCCUCCUAGUGCAUGAGACUUUUGGUUGUGACUCAACGUGGCCCCUUGAGGUACAUUGCAGGAUGAAAAACCUAUUUCUUUAAGUAGAAAUUGGCCUUGCUUGUUUAAUUGGGUUUCUAAACAAAAUUCUAAGUUUGUAGCAUGAGAGGAAAUAGAUUUGCCCUCCAUUUUGUAUUGACUAAGCCCAGUUGACCAGAAAGUAUUUUCUUCUCAUGUUUACUUGUAUUCUUCUUGCCAGUACAGUAUCUAGUUUCUCCACCUCAGUUCAAUACUGGUUUUUGUGAGGCUCAAAUCAUUGAGGACAGAAAAUUGUGCAUUGAUUGCCUUAUUAGUCAAUACGUAGUUGAUUUGGCGAGCCUGACUGGUGUGUACGUGCAGCCUGAAACUAGACUCUUCCAAAAGAAAGCCAGUUCAGUUCCCUUAGAGUAAAGACAUGUCAUAGUAAAUGACGAUUGUUUUGAAAGACGGUACUUACUUGAAAAGUUGGCCUUAUGCUCGAGUAAUGGUGUCAUCUCCUGUUCUCUGUGGUCACGGCUGCACCCUAGCCUGACAGGAACUUCUACUUUGUUUUCUGUGGGGCAGAAAGCAAAACCUGGUAUAGUGACUCUUAAUCAACUAGUACUUAGGUAGAGUUAGAAGAAACACAAACUUGGAUGCAUGUGUUGUGCAUUACUAAAUUUUGUGAGAAAGUUACUUUUUUUUUCUGUCCCUUUCACAAUUCUGAGGCAGUUCCUUUCCCUUUCUUUGGGGUAUAGGAUGAAAACUGAUUGGUUAAGUGAGGUUGCAAGAGAAUGGAUAGAUGUCCACGGCCACUAACACUGCAUGCACGUCUCCAGUGCUACAGCCCCUAAAGCUGCCACUCCCCUUGCUAUAUAUGCCAUGCUUUCUGUCGGGUUGCAAAUUUGCACACAUGAAGAAUUCCUCAGGAAGAGAUUGCACAUGCAUCGCCUUGCAAUAUUCUGUACUGACCGAACAAGGGAUUUGAAGGUUUUUCAGCACAAAAGGAGAACUUCAGAGUGGUGGUCUGUGCACACGUACUAGCAAAGGUAAUCGUGAUCUAGCAAAUGCGAUUGGUUUCUGCAGAAUAAAGUGAGCAGGAGCACUUGUAUCAUAGUAUUUAAAUAAGCCUGUUUAAUCUCUAGAGUAGCCCUUCCAGAUUUUGCCUUCUUUUCUUAUUGAGACUGGCUAUAUUUUUGUCUGUUUUUUCUGUUUUGUGGCAGUUAUUUUCAUGAUUAUUAUAGAGGCAAUGCCCUUGAGCUAAAAUUCAGUUAAUAAGCAGCUAUUAAAAAUAACUGAACAUUGUUUUAUGAACAUACACUAAUCUGAGAUUUUAAAACUAAAAAGCAAAACAAAAAAACCUAUAUUAGGUAUCUAGUCAGCUUGGAAGUUUUGAGUUGUAUUUUUUUAUGGUAUCUCAUUGGACUUUAGAGUAUUAUGUUUACUUUAGUCCAGGUCUAAGCCUCUUGAGGGGACUAUAGAUUGUAAGAUCUGGAUGUGAAUCCCUAGACUGACACCUAGAAUAGGUUUAUAGGACCUUUUCGGUUGUGGUUGCAGUUGCAGUUUUCAGUAAGAUUGCAUAAGAUGAAAUUCAUGUUUAUCAGAAGUUAAAAUAGAAGUUAUAGGAGUUCUUGGAGAAAGGGCUUUCUUGUUACUUUCAUUACCUUGUUGAAAUUUGCCCCAGUUUCUAGCCACCAGAAUUGAUGAAAGGAGACCCUGUUGUUUUUCAAAGGUAAUAAUUCCUGUUUUGUGCCCAUCAUUGAUAAACCAGGUCACUGACACUUUCCCUUCUACCCUGGCCAAGACCCUAUUCUGAACUUCUUUCCAGAGCUAAGUGGCACAAGUACAUAUAUUAUUUCUGCUGAUGUUGAUGGUGUGGCUGUGGGAGAAUUCAACAAAAUACUCAUCAGAAGUACAUUCUUAUAGGACCUCAGUAUGCAUUGUACCCCUGCCGGUUGGAAAUUAUCUUCGUUUCUGGUUGGACUGCAUUGUUUAGAAAAAUGUUAAUGGUUUAUAAUUCUAGGGAAUUUAUAGUGUGGCUCUGGGGUAAAUUUUGUGGUUUGGAAAAAAAUAAAUAUUUUGUAUUGAUUCUAACAUGUCAUUUCAAUGUGGUAACAAUGUACUAAAUGCAAUAAGAUUGUAGAUAUUCUCUUAGAAGGGUAUGUUUUGUUAAACAGAUGGCAAUUUAAUGUUCUCAUUAGCCCUGUUUGUCAAUAUUACAACCAUGCAAUUCAGGAGAAAUUAUUCAAAUGUGAAGUUGUGGGGAGCUAUGGCGGAAACAGGAAUGCUUAUGAAUAAAUGGGAAGUCAAACGCAGGCAAGAGGCUCUUGCCACCCACCAACCCAGCCAGAGCAAGGAUGACGCAAUCAAGUCUAGUCCCUGGUGGUGCUUAUUUGUUGGAAAGCAUGGUGGAGCUUAGAAUAGGGUGUUCUGUAUACCAACUCUUUUAUUCAAGAAAAACAAAAUGGUGGAUGAAACUCUUUUUGAUUAGGGAUUAAAGCCACUGACUUUGGCUCUUACCUUUAACUUUUGAUGGAUUUGGAUUUACUCCUUGUGUAUUAGGGUGUAUACCAUCACUCAAAAACAUUGUGGUUAAUGAAAUAAAUCUUGUAUAGAUGUC